AUGGAAAACGACCACUCGUCAUCGGACGAGCAUGAACACGAAAACCCCGAACUGCAGACCCGCGCGCCGAAGCGACGCCGUCUCUCGGAGACUUCAGAAGACGACGAGUACGUCGCCGCCCCGACGCCGCUCCCCACGCUCUCCCGCAUCAAGAAGAAAGAGCCCAAAGAUGAGAACAAGGACACCUCGACGGGGACCGACAAUCCGGUGCUGAUUAAGGAUGCGCUGGAGAUGGGGCUGCAGGACGCAGGCGAGUCGUCGUUCAAGGCGCUCAACGUCGCACCGUGGCUGAUCGGCUCGCUGACCACCAUGGCCGUGCGCAAACCCACCGCUAUCCAGCGGGCGUGUAUCCCCGAGAUACUGAAGGGGCGCGACUGUAUCGGAGGCAGCCGCACCGGUUCCGGAAAGACGAUUGCGUUCGCGGUGCCGAUUCUGCAGAAGUGGGCGGAGGAUCCGUUCGGCAUCUUUGCCGUCGUCUUGACCCCGACUCGGGAACUCGCCCUGCAAAUCUACGAACAAUUCAAAGCCAUCUCCGCUCCCCAGAGCAUGAAGCCCGUCCUCAUCACCGGCGGCACGGACAUGCGGCCGCAGGCGCUCGCCCUCUCGCAGCGGCCACACGUCGUCAUCGCGACGCCCGGCCGCCUCGCCGACCACAUCCAGACAUCAGGUGAGGACACGGUGCGCGGACUCAAGCGCGUGCGCAUGGUUGUGCUGGACGAGGCCGACCGGCUCCUCGCCCCGGGCCCAGGCAGCAUGCUGCCCGACGUGGAGACGUGCCUGUCGGCGCUGCCGCCGUCCAGCGAGCGGCAGACGCUGCUGUUCACGGCGACGGUGACGCCGGAGGUGCGCGCGCUGAAAUCCAUGCCGCGCGCCAGCACCAAGCCGCCCGUCUUUGUGACGGAGAUCGAAGCCGGCGGCACCACCAGCGCCGGCGCCGACGGGGCCGCCCCGAAAUCGACCCUCCCCCCGACACUCAAACAGACGUACCUCAAGGUGCCCAUGACGCACCGCGAGGCGUUUUUGCACGUGCUGCUCUCGACGGACGGCAACGCCGGCAAGCCCGCCAUCAUCUUCUGCAACCACACCAAGACGGCGGACCUGCUGGAGCGCCUGCUGCGCCGGCUGGCGCACCGCGUCACCUCGCUGCACAGUCUGCUGCCGCAGUCGGAGCGGUCGAGCAACCUGGCGCGGUUCCGCGCGUCGGCGGCGCGCAUCCUCGUGGCAACGGACGUCGCCAGUCGUGGUCUGGAUAUCCCCUCUGUGGCGCUGGUGGUCAACUACGACGUGCCGCGGAACCCGGAUGACUACGUGCACCGCGUGGGUCGUACGGCGCGUGCGGGGCGUCGUGGUGAGGCGGUCACGCUGGUCGGCCAGCGCGAUGUGCAGCUUGUGCUUGCGAUCGAGGAGCGGGUCGGUCGGCAGAUGGAGGAGUGGAGCGAGGAGGGCGUUAGUGUUGAGGGGCGGGUUGUGCGCACGGGCGUGCUGAAGGAGGUGGGCUCGGCAAAGCGCGAGGCCUUGAUCGAGAUCGAGGAGGGGAGGGAUGUGCUGGGCAGAAAGCGGAACAAGCUCAAGAAGGUGCGGUAG